AUGGGAUUAUUAAUUUAUAAAGUUAUUUUACUAACAAUUUGCUUUGUUUGGUUUGCUAAAUUCGGUUUAAGUAGCAAGUCAGUUGAUGAUGCACACUCAUCUGUAACUGCUUUAGAAGAAAUAUUUCAAACGGAAAUGCUUUAUUUGGAAAAUUUUCAAAUAUUUCUCAAUUAUUCUCAAAGAAUUUUGAAUGCCUUAAAAAGUAAAUUACAUGAAUGGAAAACAAAUGGAAGUUCGAAUCUUAGAGAUAAUUUGACCUUAAACAAGAAAUUACAAUUGCAAUAUAGGCUAAAUAAUAUAUCAAGAUCGAAUUAUACAGAUUUUGCAAAAAACAUCUCACAAUUUAGCGAAGACUACAGAUUUCCAAUUGAGGUUGAUAUGGAAGGCGUAGCCAGAGCUAUUGGUCGAUUACAAGAUAUCUACAAUUUUACAGCUAAAGAAAUAGCAACAGGAGAGUUUUUGGAUUUUCCAAACGCAUCCAAUGUGAAAAAAUUAGAUUCUACUGAUUGCUUUUAUAUUGGAUUUCACUUGUUUACCAUUAAAGAAUAUUUUCAAUCCGAAGAAUGGUUUAAGUUGGCCUAUGAUUUGUAUGACAGAACUAAAAUUGAAGAACGAAAAUUUCAAUUGAAAAAACUGGUUCAUAUUUCGAGAAUUUUGAGUUUUAUGGCGCAUACGACCUUUCGAUAUGCUGAUUUACCGCAUACGGAAAUUUCCGUUUUGAUAAUGAAGGAAGCGGUCAGUGAAGAUCCAGAGAACCAGGAAGUUAAAAAACUUUUGAGUCAAUAUGAAAAAGUUUUGAAUGCAAUUAAGUACAACACAAGUAGAAUCAAUAUUGAAAAAGAGAAUGAAUAUUAUAGAACUGCAUGCCGUGGGGAUGCAAUUAAACCUCCAGAACUUCUUAGAAAAUUGUAUUGCACUUAUAAAUCUCAUGGACAUCCAUUCCUGAAGCUUGCUCCAAUUAAAGUCGAAAUUCAAUACAUAGAUCCUCCUUUAGCAGUUUUUCAUGAUGUUGUGUAUGACAGUGAAAUAGAGAUAAUAAAGUCUUUAAGCACUGAUUUGUUGUCGCGUGCUACAAUUUGGAAUUCAGAAGAGUCGAAAGCAAUACUCUCUGAUCAAAGAACAGGAAAAUAUGGUUGGUUGACUGAGACAAUGCAUCCAGUUGUAAAGACUAUUAAUCAAAGAAUCGAAGAUAUGACAGAUAUGACGAUGAAAACUGCUGAAGUUAUGCAAGUAAUGAAUUACGGAAUAGGGGGUCAUUAUGAUGUUCACCCUGAUUAUUUGGGAGAACCAACUGAUAAUACAACAAAGCCAUACUCACUAUAUUAUUGGGGAAAUAGAAUAGCUACACUUUUAUUUUAUUUAUCAGAUGUUGAACUUGGGGGAGCUACGGUUUAUCCACAUCUGAAUACUGCUGUUCGGCCAAUAAAGGGAACUGCUGCGUUUUGGUUCAAUAUGUUACCUAGUGGAAAUUUUGAUUACAAAUCAAGACACGCUGCUUGUCCAGUGAUUUUCGGCUCGAAAUGGAUUGCAAAUAAAUGGAUUCGCUAUAGAGGCCAAAUAUUUCAUAGGCAAUGUACAAUGAACGAACAUGAUCAUUACUCCUUAUUUGCUGAAGGAAGCAUUGCUUCUCAAAAUAUUAUGGGAUUAUUAAUUUUUAAAGUAAUUUUAAUUACAAUUUUCAUUCAACUUGGCUUAGCUAACGAACCAAUUGAUGAUGCACAUUCAUCUGUAACAGCUUUAGAGGAAGCAUUUCAGACGGAAACACUUUAUUUUGAAAAUUUACAAAUAUUUCUUCAACACUCUCAGAGAAUUCUGAAUUCUUUAAGAAGUAAGUUACAUGAAUGGAAAAUAAAUGGAAGUUCGAAUCUUAAAGAUAAUUUGACCUUAAACAAGAAACUACAAUUACAAUAUAGACUAAAUAAUAUAUCAAGAUCGAAUUAUGCAGAUUUUGCAAGAAACAUAUCAAAAUUUAGUGACACAUAUAGAUUUCCAAAUGAAGUUGAUAUGGAAGGUGUAGCUAGAGCUAUUAAUCGAAUACAAGAUGUCUACAAUUUUACAGCUAAACAAAUAGCCACAGGAGAGUUUUUGAAUUUUCCUGACAUGCCAAUUGCAAAAAAACUAGAUUCAUCUGACUGUUUUUUUAUUGGAUACCACCUAUUUCGUAUCCAUGGUUAUGUAGAAGCUGAGGAAUGGUUCAAUUUGGCAUAUGAUUUGUAUAAUAAAACCAUAAAGGAAGAAUUUCCAUUGAGAAAACCAGUUCAUGUUUCCAGAAUUCUAAGUUAUGUGGCGUAUUCAACAUAUAUAUAUGGUGAUAUACCACAUACCGAAAAAGCGGUUUUAUUAAUAAAAGAAGCAAUUGCUGAAGACCCAGAAAAUCCAGAACUUUAUAAACUUUUAAUUCAAUAUAAAACAGUUUUGGAUUCAAUCAAAUAUAACACUAAUAAGAUUAAAGAUUUAUUUAUUGACAUUAUGAAUAAAAAAGCAUGUCGUGGAGAAGUGGAAAAACCUUCAAAGCUUUUGCGAAAGCUGUAUUGUACCUAUAAGUCUCAUGGACAUCCAUUCCUGAAGCUGGCUCCAAUUAAAGUUGAAAUUCAAUACAUAGAUCCCCCUAUAGCAGUUUUUCAUGAUGUUGUGUAUGAUAGUGAAAUAGAAAUAAUACAGUCUUUAAGUACAGAUUUAUUAUCGCGUGCUACAAUUUGGAGUAUUGAAAAAUCUAGACCAGUGCAUUCUGAGCAAAGAACUGGCAAAUACAGUUGGUUGACUGAGACAAUGCAUCCAGUUGUGAAGACUAUUAAUCAAAGAAUCGAAGAUAUGACAGAUAUGUCAAUGAAAACAGCUGAGGCACUUCAAGUAAUGAAUUAUGGAAUAGGCGGCCAUUAUGAUGUGCAUCCUGAUUAUAUGGGUGAUCCAAAUGAUAAUACAACUUAUUCAAACCCAGAGUGGGGCAAUAGAAUAGCUACACUUUUAUUUUAUUUAUCAGAUGUUGAGCUUGGAGGAGCUACUGUUUAUCCGCAUCUAAAUACAGCAGUUAGACCUGUGAAAGGAACUGCCGCGUUUUGGUUCAAUAUGUUACCUAGUGGGAGUUUUGAUUACAAAUCAAGACAUGCUGCGUGUCCAGUAAUUUUCGGCUCGAAAUGGAUUGCAAAUAAAUGGAUUCGAUAUAGAGGGCAAAUAUUUCAUAGGCAAUGUACAACGAACGAACAUGAUUAUUAUUCCCUAUUUGCUGAUAUGUAG